AAGAGGUGCAACAGGGCGAGGCUCAGGAGGAAAGUAGAGUGCGGAUCCCAACAUGUGGAUGGAGGACAGUGUUGCUCAGCAAUGAACACCAUGCUAAGUCCCAAGCUUAGACAGUCCAGGAGAGCUAGGUCUAAGAGCAUGGUCAUGGGGGAGCUCUCCCGCAGGCCAUCAUCCCCCUGCCUCCAAGACAGGGCGUUAAAAGCGGGCUGGCUUAAGAAACAGCGCAGCAUCAUGAAGAACUGGCAGCUGCGCUGGUUCGUGCUUCGAACUGACCAGCUCUACUUCUACAAAGAUGAGGAGGAAACCAAACCACAGGGAUGUAUCCCGUUGCAGGGUAGUCAAGUCAACGAGCUGACAGCCAAUCCUGAUGAACCUGGGCGGCAUCUUUUUGAAAUAGUUCCAGGGAUGUAUCCCGUUGCAGGGUAG